AUGGAUUCAUAUCUUGAAAAUCAUAUUAUUAUUCUUUCUUUCUUUCUUUCUUUCUUUCUUUCUUUCUUUCUAUUUUCUUUCUUUCUUUCUUUCUUUCUUUCUUUCUAUAUAAUCUCCAUUUUAAAAUUUACUUUUGACUAUCUCUCUCUCGCUCGCUUUCUCUCCCUCUCUCUAUGUUUACCUCUCUUUGUUUUCACUUACUCACUAUUAACUAUCUGCCUAUCGCGUAUUUUCCGUCUCUUCUCUGUCUCAGACUCAGUAAUGUCUUCUUUCCUUCUGUUCUUUCCUUUCCUUCUUUCUUUCUUUCUUUCUUUCUUUCUUUUCUUUCCUUCUUUCUUUUCAUUCCUUCUUACUUUUAUUCUUGUCUUUCCUUCUUUUUUUCUUUUUUCUCUCUUUCUUUUAUUUCUCUCUUUUUUUGUUUCUUUCUAUUUUGUUUUGUCUUGCUGCAUUCUUACUUUCUAUCCUAUCUUUAUUUACUCGUUUAUCGCACUUCUUUUUUAUUUCUUCGUUGUUUCUUCUUUUCUUCCUUUUUCUUUUUUCCUUCUUAUUUUCUUUCUUUCUUUUUUCCUUCGCUUCUUUCAGUUCGACGAUUCUGUAUUUUUCUUCGCUUCUUUCUUUCUUUCUCUCUUUCUUUCUUUCUUUCUUUCUUUCUUUCUUUCUUUCUUUCUUUCUUUAACGUUUGUUCAAUCUCACUGCUUCUUAUUUUCCUUAAGCCUCUCCAUUCUCUCUCCCUCACUCUGUGUUCUUCCGUUUGUUUUAUAUCUCUCAAUAUCUAUCUAUCUAUCUAUCUAUCUAUCUAUCUAUCUAUCUAUCUAUCUAUCUAUCUAUCUUACUCUAUUCAUAUCUAUCUAUCUAUCUAUCUAUCUAUCUAUCUAUCUAUCUAUCUCACUCUAUUCAUAUCUAUCUAUCCCACUCUAUUCAUAUCUAUCUAUCUAUUUAUAUAUCUAUCUAUCUCACUCUAUUCAUAUCUAUCUACCUCACUAUUCAUAUCUAUCUAUCUAUCUAUCUAUCUAUCUAUCUAUCUAUCCAUCCAUCCAUCCAUCUAUCCAUACUCUAUUCAUCCAUCCAUCCAUCUAUCUAUCCAUCUAUCCAUCUAUCUUACUCCUAUUCAUAUCUAUCUAUCUAUCCAUCCAUCUAUCCAUCUAUCUAUCUAUAUCUAUUCAUAUCCAUCUAUCCCACUCAUCAUAUCUAUCUAUCUAUUUAUAUCCAUCUAUCUAUCUCACUCUAUUCAUAUCUAUCCACCUCACUAUUCAUAUCCAUCUAUCUAUCUAUCUAUCUAUCUAUCUAUCUAUCUAUCUAUCUAUCUCACUCUAUUCAUAUCUAUGCAUCUAUCUAUCUAUCUAUCUCACUUAUUCAUAUCUAUCUAUCUAUCUAUCUAUCUAUCUAUCUAUCUAUCUCACCCUAUUCAUAUCUAUCUAUCUUACUAUUCAUAUCUAUCUAUCUAUCUAUCUAUCUAUCUAUCUAUCUAUCUAUCUAUCUAUCCCUAAAUCAUUCCUUUAUAUUUUUCUAUUCUCUUUCCUUUCCGUCCCUUUCUUUUUUCCUCCUCUUCAAUAUUUCUCUUCCCCAUUUACCUCACUUUUUUCUUUAUUCCUCUUUUCUCUUUCUUUACGUCACCCGCCUUUAUCCCCACUAUCUCACUUUCCUUUCGUCAUUUUCGCCCCUUCUCUCUCCCUUAUCCCGUUACUUUCCACUCUCUCUCUCUCACUGUCUCUCUCAUUCUCUUUCACACUAUAUCUCUCCCACAUUCUCACUCUCUCUUUGACUCCCUCUCUCACUCAAUCUCUCUUUUUCACUCUUACUGUCUCACUGACUUUUUCUCACUCUCAAUCUCCCUCACUCACACACUCUCACUAUAUCUCCCACUCUCUCUCUCACUCUCCACUCUCUCUCAUUCUCUCUCUUUCCUUCUCUCUCUCACUCUCUACUCUCUCUCAGUCUCUCUCACUCUUUCUCUAA